CGCAGUCUCUGUGUCAUCCCUGUACUGCUGUCCGCAGUCUCUGGUCAUCCCUGUACUGUCGCAGUCUCUGGUCAUCCCCUGUACUGUCCGCAGUCAUGGUCAUCACCCUGUACUAUGUCCGCAGUCUCUGGUCAAUCCCUGUACUGUGUCCGCAGUCUCUGGUCAAUCCCUGUAUGUCCGCAGUCUGUUCAUCCUCUGUACUGUUGUCCGCUAUGUCUAUUGGUACAUCUCCUGUAUUGUCUGUCGAGAGUCUUGGUGCAUCCCUGUACUGUUCCGCAGUCUUUUGGUCUUUUCCCUUUUACUGUUUUUCCGGGAGUC